AUGGAGCCGGGCGCCUUACUUCACGGCUUCCGCUUGGGCUCGGCGGUGGAGGUGGACGGCGUCGAGCUCAAUGACCGGCUGGGCCAGUUGGUGUCCUACUCCGAGAAGGAGGAGACCUUCACCGUGGCCCUGCUGAAUGGCUCCACUCGGCAGGUGAAGCCCGCGCAGCUGGCGGCGGCCAGCGGCUUCGACCUCUUGGUGGGCCCCAGGCACUGCCAAGACUUCCUGGCGGAGGAGGCGGCAACGUGCCUGAUGGAGAAGGGAUAUUGUGUCCUGAAGCUCUGCCAGUCACAGCAGGAGAUUGAGCAUGCCUUCGCUUCCGCCAAGAGGCUGGUGGAAAGUGGCAGAUUCGAUCGAUUGCCCGAAGAAGUGGAGGAGGGCUACUUGGGCCAGGGCGCCAGAGCGCGAGUGCUUUGGCUGGAUCCCAGCGACCGCACCCUUCAGGACAAAGUCCUGAAGGACAGCGACGAAUUUAUCUCCACCAUGGCCACCAUGUUGCAGCCCUACUGCGAGGAUGCCUUGGGCAAAAAGGUGGACGCCAGAACUCCGGCGCUGCUCAGCCUGUCCCUGGCGCCCGCAGAAGACGUGGCGCCCAUGGCGGCGGACGACUACACCUUAGCGAGCUUUUACAACAACUGGCGGAGAAGUCAGCUGAAGAUGAUGCAUUUCUUCGGGCCAGAGGCUGCAAGCGUCACGCUCACCCCGAAGCAGGAUGAGGAUGCGCCGGAGGAGAUGAAGAAAGACCCGGUGCAGAUCUCAGCAGGUUCCCACACCGUGCUGCUGUACCGCACCACGAUGUUUGACAUGGCAUGUAGGACUUCGCAGGAGACCAUGAUCUUAUCGGCGUCUCUUCUGGAGCACAUGGACUCCCUAUACCUCACAGGCAGAGAAGAGAUGGAUCUCGACUGGCUGCGGUGUAUUGAGGGUCCUCCGGGGCCGGGGGGUCUUCACAUCAACGUGGUGAACCUCUCCAGUCGCCUCAUGGCCCGCUGGGAUGAGCCCGAAGCGUACCGAGCUGGCUUGGGCGCGUGCACGGACACCGGCGUGGAGAUCCCCUUCACUCGCUGGGACCUGGCGGAGUACUACUGCGCCAUCCCUGAGGAGGCGAAGCCUCACCAGUCGGUGGUCAUGCACCAGUCCUAUGUCGAGGGCAUCGAGCUUUUCGACUUCAAGUACUUUCAGAUCCCUUUGAAUGAGGCGCGCACCAUGGAUCCGAUGCAAAGACACGUGCUGGAAGUGGGUGCGCAGAAUCUCUUCAAGAUGGGCAUCACCAAAGACAUCUCCAGUCGGAAGCCUCAUCACGCCGGAGUGUCAGUGGGCUUGGACAAGGAUGAUUACGACCACAUCCCAAAGCCGCCAGACAUGAUUGGGAGCGCCAACGUCCAAGCCAUCAUCGCCAACCGCUUCAGCUUCAUCUUCAACCUGAAGGGCCCCAACUAUGUCGCAGACACGGCCUGCUCAGCCUCGCUCACCGCGACCCAUUUAGCCAAGUUUAUGCUUCGGGACCAAACCAUCGACAAGAUCGAGUUCCACGUGGCUCUGGGCAUCCAUCAGUGCCUGUCGCCCUUGGCCUUCGCGGGCAGCUCGCAGUCUCACAUGAUCUCCAUGCGGUGCCGCACCUUCAACGCCACGGCCGGGGGCUACAUGCGAGGGGACGGCUGCUCCGGCCUGACUUUGAAGCCCGGAGACCUGCCCGAAGAGCGGGAGGCCAUUUGGCGGGGCUCCAUGGUGGGGCAGAACGGCAAGUCGGCCACGCUCACGGCGCCCAACGGCAUCGCACAGGAGGAGGUGAUUUGGAAAGCCAUGCGGGAGGCCCAGAUCUCGCCCUCUCAGAGCUGUGUCUGGAGCUGCCACGGCACUGGCACCUCUCUGGGGGACCCCAUCGAGGUGGGCGCAGUGCGGAAGGUGCAGAACAAGGAGCAGAGGGACACCACCCUGAUGGUGGUGACGAACAAGUCGCAGACGGGUCACCUGGAGGGCGGAGCCGCCAUGACCUCGCUGAUCGCCGCGGUCUUCCAGGUGAAGAGCUCCAUGGCCAUCCCCUGCUGCCACCUGCGCCAGCUGAACCCCCACCUGGACCAGACCGGUUUCCGAGCGGUCUUCAACAGCGAGCUAGGCACCUACCACUACUCCCAGGGCAACGUGCACGUGUCCUCCUUCGGCUUUGGAGGUACCAAUGCACACGCCAUUUUCUGGGGCGAGGACGUGUAUCACGCGCCCACCAACACCGAGCUCUUCCAGAAACGGCUCCGACAGAUGUCGCCUCCAGAGGUCAGGGUCAACGGGAGUGAUCCCGCGCUCUGGGAUUGGGACGGCCCAGACCAGCUGAUCCUGCCGGGAGACAAGUACUCCAUCGAGAUGAACCCCGACGAUCCGGCCAACGCACCGCAGCGGUGGUUCAAAGAAGACACGGGAGGAGAAAUGGACGACGGAGAGGAGGAUGUCUAUUGCAUCAGCGGCUCCUUCAACGAUUGGGACAUCGAGGAGAUGGAGGAUGGCCCCGUGUGCGGCUUGAGGACCAUCACACUGAGAGUCCCUGCCAGUGGCCAGGUGGAGUUCCGAAUCCUCAAGAACGGCAAUGAUAAUGAGGUGAUCUAUCCAGCGGACGACAAGUGCUCUCGAAAGCUCACCAUGAUCUAUGGCCCAUCCGCGGAGGCCAAGAACACGUGGCUGGCAGAAGGAAUUCCUGGAUCCCAGAUGAAGAUCGAUUUUUUUACCUGCCGAGGCAUUCGGAGUAUCAACUGGAUGCAGGCUGCACCCUCACUGAUGUGA